CUGAAGUUGUUUCUAUUUAUUUCCGGGUGUCUGUGCGUUGCCAGUUGUGGGCCUUAAGGCAGAAAGUGUACAUUUGUUGUUUUUCACGGAAGCAAUAUAAGCUUUUAAAAACUUUUUACUGUAUUUGGGGUGGCUGUCAAUUGGUUUGAGUCAAAAUGAAUCGCAUCUUUGGUCGAGGUACACCAAAAGGGCCUCCACCAAACCUUACGGACUGUAUAGGAAGUGUUGACUCAAGGGCAGAAUCUAUUGAUAAGAAGAUUGCCAGGUUGGAUGCAGAAUUGGUCAAAUACAAAGAUCAGAUGAAAAAGAUGAGAGAAGGACCUUCAAAGAACAUGGUUAAGCAGAAGGCUAUGAGAGUGCUGAAGCAGAAGAGGAUGUAUGAGAGCCAGAGAGACAACCUCACGCAGCAGUCUUUCAACAUGGAGCAGGCAAACUACACAAUCCAGACACUGAAAGACACAAAAACAACAGUGGAUGCCAUGAAAAUUGGAGCCAAGGAAAUGAAGAAGGCCUACAAAAAUGUGAAAAUUGAUCAGAUUGAGGAUCUGCAGGAUCAGCUGGAGGACAUGAUGGAGGAUGCCAACGAGGUCCAGGAGGCCCUGAGCCGCAGCUACGGGACACCGGAGAUCGAUGAGGACGACCUGGAAGCUGAGCUGGAUGCCCUGGGAGAUGAGCUGCUGAUGGAUGAUGACAGCUCAUAUUUGGAUGAAGCUUCUUCUGCACCUGCCAUUCCAGAGGGAAUGCCCAGUGACAGCAGGACAAAUAAGGAUGGUGUUCUUGUGGACGAGUUUGGCCUUCCACAGAUUCCUGCUACAUAGGAAGCAAAAAAUACAAAAAAAAGCAAUACUCCAAAAACACUUUUUAAAAAAAAUGUAAAAUAGCAUUUAUAUAUCGAUUGGAAUUUUGCCUGUAAACACAGCCAUAUUGGUCAAUCUGACAUUGGGGUGAUAUCAAAGUGGUCUUGGUUUAUUUUAUUAUUACUAACAUGUUAGUUGUUUUGUAACAUUCUCUUUGAUUGUUAGACUUGUUCAUUUAACAAAUGUUGAAAUGCAAUGAAUUCAAAGCUUUCAUGUAAAUUUCUCUACUUGCCAACUGGCUGAUUUAAUUAUGUGAGGUGAAAUCAAUCUAUAUUGCUUUUACACAUUUAUUUUGUGGGUAUGAUCGGAAAGUGUUUUUUUCCGCAAAUAGAUCACUGUGGUUAUCGAAGGAAGGUAUAGACCCAAAGCACUUUACAUUCAGGUUACAUUGACCAGUCCAUAAGAAAUUUGUGGAAAAAUGCAAUACCCGACAGUACUUUAUUCAAAACAGCAUCUUGAACUGUACAAAAUGUCCUGACAUGACUGCAUCUCAAGUAAAUAAAUUCUGAAAUGGC